CAGAAACAACCUCAGCCACAGCCCUCUCAAACUUUACUGAAGCGUCGCCCAAAGAAAGCAUCGCCCACGAGAGAUAUGUAUCCUGUCGGCCCCCGGGCUGCCAGAUGUUGACGACCCCCGGGCUCCAGAUGUUGACGACCCCCCUCUCUUUACCCACUCUAUCAUGUACAUACUGUAAGCAAGCAGUGGAGUAAGGAGAACCUUGCCGCCUGUGCAACGCUGAACCAAGACUGCACUCGCCUCGUCACGCAGAUAAACUGCCACUUCGGCCGGCCAUGACGCUCUAUCCGCCCUCCAUCGUACUGCCGAUAUAUGGCGUCUUCGCUGGCGUCGGCGUCGUGCUCACCUGCCUGAGGUUCUGGGUGCGCCUCUCGUACGCGCCGCAGCCGUUCCCCAACUGCAGGCUCUAUCUGGACGACUACUUCAUCGUGCUCGGGCUGGUGGUCGUGUGCGCUUGCACGGGCAUCCAGUUCUACAAUGGCAUCGAGGGCGGCGCGGGCGCCGCCAUCUCGGCCCACUCCAAGGACGACGAGGCGCUCGUCGAGCUCAAGGUCGACUUCGCCAUGAUCGUCAUCGAGAAGAUCGCCUUUGGCGCCAUCAAGCUGUCGCUGCUGUACCUGUGUCGCCGCAUCUUUGGCUUCUGGGACAGCUUCCGCCGCUACAACAACGCCCUCAUCGUCUUGAUCGUCGCCUGGACCCUGUCCUUCUUCCUUGCCGACCUGCUCCUCUGCGGCCCCCACCCGGAGCUCGAGGUCGGGCUCGACCAGCAGGCCGCGGCCCGUGGUUGCGGAGACAAGGGCGCCUUGUUGAUCGCCUUCGCUGCUACGAGCGUCGUGACCGAUCUGCUCGUCUUGGUCCUACCCCUGCCGUACAUCUGGAGGCUGCCGCAGCGGCCGGCCAAGAAAGUCAUGGUGUGCUUCGUGUUUCUCUUGGGCGGCAUAUCGACUCUGGCCGGGAUUCUGCGGCUAGUCUUCCUGUCCGUCGCCUAUCCCACCGGGAGGCUGAACUUUGGGUACGUGUCCCGGCCUGGCGACAAGGGGCCGUACAUACUGCAGGCCUUCAACCCGACAUUCUGGGUCAUGGUGGAGAUGUGCCUGGGAGUCUGGGCCGCCAACCUCCCCGCCCUUGCUCCCCUGGUGCGGGGCAUCAACGAAAAAUACAAAGCCAGCAGCUUGUAUAGAAAGCUGUCGAGCUCGGGUCUAUCAGAUUCUGCCACGAAGCCCAGCUCUAAUAAAUCUGCUGUUUAAGCAUCUUGCACUGCAUCUGGGAUGUCGGCGAAUGCGGGUUGCAGCCUUUUGGGAGUUGGUGGUUCUUCUGGCGUGGCCGGAUUGGGUGGCUGGAGUUUGCCGUGUAAAUAUGUAUUUAUGGUCCUGAUACUGAAUAAUGACGACGAAUGAUGACGACGAAUGACACGUUACAUUUC